AUCGAUCACGUGACCAUUAAGCGGAGCCGACCAAAAUCCCAAACAAGGAAAUGGUGGGGUAAUAAAACGAUCGGAUCAUUUAAUUAAUGCAUGUAAUAAUUAAUAUUUUAUUUUAUUGUAAAUUAAGAAAUAUUUAUGGGUUAAAAUGGACCACGACUUCAAAACGAAGCUCGCCGCCGAGAGGGAGAGAGUGGAAGAUCUGUUUGAAUAUGAAGGUUGUAAAGUGGGUCGCGGCACGUACGGGCAUGUUUAUAAAGCGAAGCGUAAAGACGGGAAGGAUGAGAAGGAGUAUGCACUGAAACAGAUAGAAGGCACUGGUAUUUCCAUGUCUGCCUGCAGGGAAAUCGCUUUGCUGAGAGAGUUAAAGCAUCCAAAUGUCAUCGCCCUGCAGAAAGUAUUUCUCUCUCACAGUGACCGCAAAGUCUGGCUCCUCUUUGACUAUGCUGAACAUGACCUGUGGCAUAUCAUAAAAUUUCAUCGAGCAUCAAAGGCCAACAAGAAACCCAUGCAGCUACCGAGGGGGAUGGUGAAGUCUCUGCUUUACCAAAUCUUAGACGGCAUCCAUUACCUGCAUGCCAACUGGGUCCUGCACAGAGAUCUGAAACCUGCCAAUAUCCUGGUCAUGGGGGAAGGCCCAGAACGAGGAAGAGUCAAAAUUGCUGAUAUGGGCUUUGCCCGACUAUUUAACUCUCCACUGAAGCCUUUGGCUGAUCUGGACCCAGUGGUCGUCACAUUCUGGUACCGAGCACCCGAACUACUGCUCGGGGCGAGACACUACACCAAAGCAAUCGAUAUUUGGGCAAUAGGCUGUAUCUUUGCAGAGCUGUUGACGUCAGAACCAAUCUUCCAUUGUCGACAAGAGGACAUAAAGACCAGCAAUCCUUUCCAUCACGACCAGCUAGAUCGCAUAUUCAGCGUCAUGGGCUUCCCAGCAGAUAAAGACUGGGAAGAUAUCCGGAAAAUGCCAGAAUAUCCGACCCUACAGAAAGAUUUCAGAAGAACCACAUAUGCCAACAGCAGUCUAAUUAAAUACAUGGAGAAACAUAAAGUCAAACCAGACAGCAAAGUGUUUCUACUGCUCCAGAAAUUGCUGACUAUGGACCCCACCAAAAGAAUCACUUCUGAGCAGGCACUACAGGACCCAUAUUUCCUGGAGGACCCCUUACCUACAUCCGAUGUAUUUGCAGGAUGUCAGAUUCCCUACCCCAAACGAGAGUUUCUAAGUGAGGAUGAACCAGAGGAGAAAACAGAGAAGAAUCAGACGCAGCAGCACCAGCAGACAGCUGCACAGACACAGACACAAACGCAGACACAACAGGCUCCAACACAGCAGAGCUCAGCGCAGACAAACGGGACAUCAGGCACUGCAGGGGCCAACACGGGCACUUCCAUACAGCAUGGACAGGAACAGGGGCCACCAAACAAAAAACCUCGCACCUCAGGAACCAGUGUUCUUCAAACAGAUUACCAGCACUCCAGCUCGCGGCUUGGUUACCAGAGCAACGUCCAAGGCCCCGCCCAGUCGCAAAGCACUAUGGGAUACUCAUCCUCAUCUCAGCACUCUCAUCAAUCUCAUCGAUACUGAGACUCAAAAACAUGCAUAAGCACUUAAAAGAAAUGUUAACCACAAGCAUAAAACCAGGCAAGUCAGUGUUGUCAUUCAAAUAAAUUGUUGGGUCUGUCCCAUAAUAUUGCCCCAAUAUAAACAUAAAACUCAAGUUUAUUUCCUUACAAUGCCUCCUGCUAUCCCACAAUUCUCAGCAAAUGCUACUCCAACCAAAGCACAACUUUACAAUCCCUUUCUUUCAAUCAGAGCUCCUCUGAAGAACCAGAGCCAAAAUCAUCAAUCAAAAAUUGACUUUUUCGUCAAUAUCUCAACAGUUUUUCAAUACAUUAAAACAUCCACCAGCUCCAACACCAACCAUACCUAAAGGUCUGCUGACUGUUUAGCAUCUUUAAUGCUUAAUUAUUUUUAUUUUACCACCGUUAGACCAAAACAGUCUCAAAAUGAUCAGCCACAUGCUAUUUGGGUCAUAGCUACAGAUAAAGGUGUCAUGAGGCUUGUUACAAUGGAUCAUUAAGCUGGUGUCCUGCUGGCUGACUCCAAAAACCUUUCAUUUCCUCAGGACUAUCAUAGCUACCAAAUCUCAUCCUCUUCCAGUGUUCCAAUGACAAGUAAUCUUGUCUAUCCUUACUGCUGCAUGAUGUGACACAGAUGUGACGUACAGUCAUGAGGAAAAGGAAUAUGGACCAAUGAGUUGUGAGGUUGCAUUGAUGGGACACAAGUGUUAGUAUCCAGUUCAUGGAAUAAUUUUACCCUAUGAAUGUGUGCAAUGCUGUGUCUGUCCUUUUGGGCCUACAACUGAAAACUGACUAGUGGGACAGCAGACUAAUGCAGUAAAAGUAAAACGAUCCAAAAUUCAGCAUUACUGAUUGCAGCUAAAGCCUUUCUGAGAUUCCCCCUUAUGGCAACCCUAAAACAAAUCAAAUAGAAACAUCUACGGUAUAUAAGCAACUGUACAUAGGAACCAAAAUCCCCUCUUAUCUUUCUCCUCCUCCUCCUCUUUCCCAGUAAAGGGAGCUGCCUGCAUGUAUGGACAGUCGAGCAGAGACUGGAUUUGUGUAACAUAUGUGUGCAUAUUUUAAAGACUGAACAAAGAGCAUCUCUCAUAGCUAUCGUGCACCACUGCAUUAUUACACACAUCUUCUUUAGUUGUGUAAGAGAGUUUUUUUUUUUUUUUUUUUGUAAAGUAUACACUCACACAAUACACUUUUCAUCCCUUUUUUUUUGGCAUUAGUAACAAUAACAACCAAUAAAAAUAACAUCAGCUUAAAAAACAAGAACAUGGUUUACUCUUUUUCUUUUUUUGCAGAAAAACAUAUUUUAGGAUAUUGGUCAGGACUAAAAUCCCUAAAUCUGUGUGUGUGUGUGUGUGCGUGCGUGCGUGGAAAUACUUGCAUGUGUGUGAUUAUCCGGGGCAGCUAGCAGUUGAACUGCUUCUGUGACUGUUAUUUCUUGUCUCCUCUUUGUGUUUUAUAUGCUUUUAUAAUCUGUUUUUUGUUGGUUAUUGUUUUGAAGUGCAGUUAUUUCUUUGUGUUAUUUGAGCUCAGUUUGUGGACUGGAAGUGAGACUUCUUUCAGAGUGCUGAAUCAAACAAGGACAACUGAUUCGCUCCUCUGACAAAAAGUUGGAUAUCUCAUCAGGCAAAGCUGGAGACUUUGCGGUGUGUUCUGCAAGUCAGAGACAUUUCUGUUGCAACUUGGUGGAAUAUAGAAGCUCAAAAGGGAUUCUAAGGAAAUCUUGAAACUUGAGUCUUUUGGCGUCUCUUGCUUUAAGCUUUAUGAAAGUGAGUCAGUUUGAAAGACCCUGAAGGAUAAUGUUACAUGAAAGUGUAUUGCAGUCACCCGUCAUGAAUUGUUGAGACUGACAGCUGAUUUCAACCAAAAUGUCUGCAGAUCUAAUGUAACUAUUGGUCAGUUACUGCCAUCAUACUCCUGGGUUUCUCUUCUGUCCCAUCUUAACAUUCCAUGUUUUUCUGUUAUGUGCUUUGUAUUUCUGGCAGAAGUUAUCAAAAAACUAGUGUUAUUUCACAAUUUUUAUACCCCUUGUUCUGGGUUUCUUCACACAUCAAAGUGAGGUGUACAGUUGGGUCAAAACAUUUGAGGCCAAAAUUUUUUAAGCCUAGAUAUUAUAUAAACAAAGAUUUAUGAUUUAUAAAAUUGGUUGUGACAUAGUAUAAAUAUUUCAGAUUCUGCACUCUCUAGGUCGCUAAUGAAAAGUUUAUUUUUUUUAUUUUUUGGCUUUCUUUAAAGCACACAAGUUGUUUUUAGAGCAUUCUCAAUCAUGCCAGAUGACAUGACAUGGGCAGAUUUUAUGUUGCGUAGCAGAAGAAAUGUAUGUACGUUUUUAAUGUAAAUUGUUAUGCCAGUUAUAUAAUAUAUGAUUUUUGUUUUUUUUUAUUAGAAGAAAAAAGAAACAUUUUCAAUAGUGUUCUUAGACUUUUGGGCACUGCUGUACAGGUUUAUCAAAUUUUCUGAUAUUUAUAAGUCUUGAACUAUAGGAUACACAGGGGUGGAUUUUUGAGGAGUAUUACCAGCCACCAUUGACUGAAAUAAUGAUUUGUUUCAUAUUAUGUUGUUUAUUUCAUCAUAAUAAGAGGAACAAUGUUGUACAAUGUAGUAGUUGGUGCAUAUCAUAUUUGAUGUCAUAUCUUUAGUUUAAUAGUGUUUCAACUACUCUCCUGUUUCAUUCAGUUUUCCCCAAAUUUUGAGCAGAAUCAACUGAGAAUGCAAAUAACAAAAUAAAUAAUGACAAACAUA